GGAGGCGAAAUUCUAGGAAAACUCCCCGCAAGCGGCGCAAACAGACCGAGAAUCUGGCCGCUUUAAAGGCUCCUGGGACGAAGGAGAAACUUGUCGGACAUCAAACAUGAGCUCAGCGUGGAGGAGAGAGACUUUUCUACCUGCUUCAGUAACGUUGGUCUUGUAAGAUGUUUGUUUUCGGAGUGUUUCGAGGCUCAAUGUCGGCGGAGAAAACACAAAGUGGAGCCGCUUUUCGAGGCGGCAGCAGAGCAGCGGGCUGAGUUGUCUCUUCACGGUUCUCAUGUGUGUUAUAAGUCCCGCCUCCCGCUCUGAGCUCCACAAGUUCCGAGGAACGAAACAGACAUGGCAGAGGAAGCUCCAGCAGCCGCGCCGGCUAAGGCUCCGGCCAAAGCCCCGAAGAAGAAGUCCGCUCCCCGGGCCAAGCAGGACGGACCCAGCCUCCCGAAACUCAUCGUGGCCGCCGUGGCCGAGUCCAAGGAGCGCAAGGGGAUGUCCCUGGCGGCCCUCAAGAAGGUGCUGGCCGGGAAAGGAGUGGACGUGAGCAAGGCCAACAAGCGCAUCAACACCGCCGUCACCAAGCUGGUCACCAAAGGGACCCUGAGCCAGACUAAGGGCACGGGGGCCUCCGGCUCCUUCAAGCUCGCCAAGGAGCCCAAAGACGCUAAACCGGCCAAGAAGGUGGUGAAGAAGAAGGCUCCCGUCAAGGCCAAGAAGCCCGCCGCCAAGAAGAGCGCAGCGGCCAAGAAACCCGCCGCCAAGAAACCCGCAGCAGCGGCGGCAGCAGCAGCCAAGAAGUCCCCGAAGAAGGCUCCGGCCAAGAAAGCGGCCAAGAAGCCCGCCAAGAGCCCCAAGAAGGCCGCGGCCAAGAAACCCAAGGCCGCCGCCGUCAAGAAGCCCAAGGCCGCAGCCAAGAAAAGUCCAGCAAAGAAACCUGCAGCCAAGAAGGCCGCAGCGAAGAAGGCCAAGAAAUAAACAGCAGCUUCAGCUUUUUAC